AUGUCGUCCGCCCACCCCAUUGUCUUCUACGACAUCUCCAUGCGCGCGCCCGUGGAGAAGAACUGCUGCUCCCCAAACCCCUGGAAAACCCGGCUGGCGCUCAAUUUCAAGGAUCUACCGUAUUCGACCUCAUGGGUGGCGUUGCCCGACGUUUCCAAAGUGCGCAAGGGUCUGAACGUACCCGCCUGUCGCAAAUUCGCCGAUGGCACCGACUUCUUUACCUUGCCGAUAAUUGAGGACCCCUCCGCCAAUACGACGGUUGGCGACUCCUUCGAUAUCGCAGUCUAUCUUCAGCAGACAUAUCCCAACGCCGGCGCGGGCGAUCUUCUCCCCCCUAUCACGCUCGACUAUGUCUUCAAGCCCGAUUUUGAUAUUCUGGUGCCCCUCUCAGAGUGUCGCGAUGGCGAAUUCGCCGAAUACUCCAAGUUCAACGCGAACGUCGAUGCAGCAUUUACCACGCAUACACAGCUGGCACUUCAACACUUUCCUUUCGACCCGGCUACUGCCGACGCCAGCAAGGCGGAAUUCGUCCGGCGCGCCGGCGUAACGUCUUGGGAGGACUUUGCGUUGGUUGGAGAGCAGCGAGAGAAGACGAUGGAGUCGUUCCGGAAUACGCUGGGUGGGCUGGCUAAGGUAUUUUUAAAGGACACUAACGGGCCAUUUAUACUUGGAGCAAAGGCUUGCUAUGCCGACAUGAUCGUCGGCGCGUGGCUGCGGAUGAUGGCUGCGACGCUACCGGAGAGCGAAUGGGAGGAGCCCUCGCAACUCGACUAUGUCCCUGACAGCUAUGUCUCCAGAUUGAAAGCGACUGUCAUGGUUGAUAUCCACAACCCUGCUAUUUCUUCUGCCUCUCGAUCCAAACUGAAUUCGUUCCGCUAUACAGAUGCGCCCCACAUGUCUUCCAAAAGCGACGGCGAGUCGAAUGGUGCUUCUGAACUAGAGAAUGAUCCCCCACCCGCGGUGAAGCUGGCUAAAGAAUGUGAUGACAAGGAAAAUUCUGACCCCGAGAUACGAGAGACCAAACCUGAAUUCACUUGCCCGCAGACACCCGCUCAUCGAAUCCCGUUUUCCGACCUGAUUAGCAAUACAGAGGAUGCCUUGAAUAAAGCACCUGGGGCCACCACUACUCCCGAUGAUCAUGUGUACUGGGACCACCGAACGUCUUCGACCAAAAAUAAGUCGCGUUUGUCCACCAGGCGUGGUAAAAAGCGCCACCACAGCUCCUCGCCUGCUGGAUCUCCGUCAGGAAAUGCCAUUCCAGCAGAUUUAAGUUGCAUCCAAUCGAUCCUGAAAACACCUCAGCAAGAUAUAGCUGCUGAUUUAUGGAAUAAAUAUGUCGGUAAACAUGGUGAACUGCCUGGUGGAGAACCCCCAAAGUUCCAUUUUUCGCACCUUGCGUCUUCUGCCCAAUCACCCGCACCACGGAUACGUACCAGUAAAGAUGGGUCAGGACUGCGACGAGCUAAUAGCUGUAAUAUGUAUUGGCCAACGUCCAAUUGCAAACGAAGGAAAGUAGACUUGGAUCAACAGCGCAAAGACAGCAUCUGCGAUGGCUUUGAAGGAUCACGGUCAUCGUUAUUAGCGCCAGACCGGCCGAAGUCCUCAAAGAUUGGUCUUCUGGUAGGAAAGAUCCAGGAGACCCUACUUAAAUACCCAAGAGAUGACCCCGAUGCCCCCUCUAGCUCCUCUCCGAUGCCUGACCGGUCUGAUACUUUGGAUAAUAUCGGCCAUCCAAUUGCAACCGAAACACUACUUCAAAACCAGCCAGUCACGCCUUCUAAAUGUAUCGCCGACUCACGCCAUGAUAUUUCACUGGUGAAUGAUGCUAUUGACGACCAGGAAAAGUGUGGGUCAUCGGAAUUUGGUGAUGAUGAUCUAGACCGUGACUUUCUUGCAUUCACAGUCAACUCUCCCAAGAAACUUUUUUCUCCUCGCGCACCAUCGCCAGAGCUUGAGAAAGAAAUGCUGAAUAACAUACCGACACUCAGACCGGUAGAACCUCUACCUCCCGACCCUAAGGAUAUCUCUCUUCCGGAAUUGGGAAGCUUUGACGAUGACUUUGAUGACUUAGAUGAUGGUAUUGAAGAAAUUAUGGCCCAAUACGAUGAAAAUGACCUGUCUAACGGACAGACAAAGGCCACCGAAAAUAUUAUAGAAAUUUCUGAACUGCAUGAAACAAUGGGCAAUGUUAAAGAUGAAAUACCGAAUGAGGAUGUAAAAUUGAAUGAGUCUACUACUUAUUCCACUGAUGACGAGUUCGAUGAUGAUAUCGAAUUUGAGGCCAUUGAAGAGGCAAUGCGGGUGAACACUGGAGUCAAUGCUACUUCUAGCCAACAUACUAAGUAUUCUCAUAAUUUUAAACGGUGUCUGGUUCUUGAUCACGCUGAGAAUACAUACACUGAAGCCAAUAGGGGACCAAAGCUAGAAAAGGUACUGUUCGUACAGGAAGAAAGGUCAAGAAAGAACGGGGCGAUCAUUUUACGAGAGUCCUGGUUUGAUACAUCUUUUGAAAAGGACAUUUAUGUUCAUCUUAUUGGAGACUUUGACUCCAGCGGCCAAUGUAUCGUCGAUAAUGACAAUAAUUUGAUCAUCAUCCACCCAGAUACCCUUAUAUCAGCCACUGUUGUUGCGGAUUCUUUCUCGUGUCAACGGAGAGCAGUACUCCAAGACCGUAUCAAGGCAACUAGUGAAGCCUCGGGUCCACAAGUCUACGGCCAUAUUCUUCACGAGAUUUUCCAAGAGGCAAUGAAGGCAAACAAUUGGAGUGAAACUUGGCUUAAUGAUCUCAUUUCUCGGGUUAUUAAUAAAUAUUUGGAAAGUCUCUACCAGAUUCGCGUGGAACCAGAGGAAGCCGUGGCUCAUUUGCUGCCCAAGAUACCUGCUCUGAAGGCCUGGGCGGAAACAUUUCUCCACUACCAACCAAAUGCCAAAUCUCUUAUUGAAGAUAUUGCUGGCACCAAAUCUCAGCUCUGCAUCAAUAAACUUCUUGAGGUUGAGGAGCAUGUUUGGUCGCCUAUGUACGGCUUGAAGGGGAAUAUUGAUGCUACUGUUCAAGCCGUGCUCCAGGAAGGAACAGAACAGAAGACCCUUACAGUCCCGCUGGAACUCAAAACUGGACGAAACAAUACCAACGAGGCACAUAGAGCGCAAACUGCUCUCUAUACUCUACUGCUGUCGGAUCGUUAUGACAUCGAUGUAAGCUUUGGCGUAUUGUACUACCUUGAAGCUUCGAAAACACUUCGUGUUCGAGCUCCGCUACCUCAAAUUCGCGAAAUGAUACAGCAACGGAAUAGGUUGGCUGUAUAUAUUCAAAAACGGCUUGAACUUCCUCCCAUGGCAAAAAAAUCAUGGCUGUGUAAAAACUGCUACGCAAAGCCUUCUUGUUUUGUAUAUCACAAGCUUGUUGAAAAUGGCGAUGAGAAUACUAGUGGUGUGGGGAAGGAUUUCUCUGAGCUCGUUGGCCAUCUUACUCCGUCCCACCAGUCAUUUUUUAAGAAAUGGGACUUGCUCUUAACUCAAGAAGAAGGUGAUAUGACAAAAUUUCGCAAAGAGCUAUGGACGAUGCUAAGCCCAGAACGCGAGGCCGUCGGUCGCUGCUUUAGCAAAGUUGUUAUAGAGCCCGGCUCAGCCUUCGAAGACACUGAUGGGCCGAAAAUCAAUCGAUUCCAAUACACCUUUGUGAAGCAUAAAGGGUCUCCAGGCUAUUCAUUUACUGACUCGCAGAUUAAUGUUGGAGAGCCAAUUGUUGUAUCAGAUGAGAAAGGCCAUUUUGCUCUAGCCAAUGGUUACGUGGUGCAAUUGAGCUCGAGAAAACUUACAGUCUCUGUGGAUCGAAAGCUACAUAAUGCUCGAACGAAAACUGCGGGCUUUGAUGCCAUUCAGAAUCAAUCGUAUGUCGGAAUUAUGGAAGUUGGAGGCUUUGGACCCGAAGCGAUAGACGAGGAGGAAGCUACGCUUUAUCGGGUUGAUAAGGAUGAGUUCAGCAACGGAAUGGCCACGGUUCGAAACAAUCUGGUCUGUAUGAUGGACAAAAUGCUUUUCCGCUCACGGGAGCUGAGAGACUUGAUUAUUGACGGCGCAAAUCCAUCAUUUCAGCCACUGUCAUCCAUACCGAAUCUCCCUACCUUAGAACAAGCAACACUGAAUGUUGAUCAGAAAAAGGCAAUUGAAAAAGUCAUGAGUGCGAAUGACUAUGCUCUAGUUCUUGGGAUGCCUGGAACUGGGAAGACAACUACCAUCGCCCAGAUCAUUCGAGCCAUUGUGUCUCAAGGUAAAAGUGUCUUGCUAACUUCAUACACACAUACGGCGGUAGAUAAUAUUCUUCUCAAAAUUCGCAACGAUAGCUUUCGGGUUUUAAGACUUGGGGUCCCAGCAAAAAUCCACCCCGAAGUCCAAAAAUUUGCGAAGUUAGCCGGAUUACCACAGCUCUCUAUUGAUGAUCUAAAGAACUCGUAUGAAAAUUCACAAGUGGUUGCAACGACAUGUUUAGGUAUCAACCACCCUAUUUUCAACAGUCGCGCAUUUGACUACUGCAUUGUCGAUGAAGCUUCACAGAUCACGCUUCCAGUCUGCCUUGGUCCAAUUCGGAUGGCAAAGACAUUUAUCCUUGUUGGCGAUCAUUAUCAGUUACCACCUCUCGUUCAGAACAAGGAGGCACGGGAAGGUGGUUUGGAUAUUAGUCUGUUUAAACUGCUCUGUGAUGUCCAUCCUGAAUCGGUGGUUAACCUUGAACAUCAAUAUCGGAUGUGUGAAGACAUAAUGCUUCUCUCUAACACUCUCAUUUACUCUGGCCACCUUAAAUGCGGUACGCCGGAAGUAGCAUCUCGUUCAUUAAAGGUCCCCGACAUAGAUGCGCUGAAGCAGCACCAUAUGAGACCGCUAACCGUGUCGCCUACCCAAUCACCUUGUUUGGGACGAAGUCAUGGGCGUUGCUGGCUUCGUGAUCUUCUCGAGCCAGGCGCGAAAGCCCGCCUUGUUAAUACGGAUUUUUUAAAGCCAGCAGCAACGGAAUCUUCCAACGGGGCCCGUAUCGUGAACCCUGUUGAAGCUACUCUGUGUACGCAACUUGUCGAAGCGCUUAUUUCCACUGGAAUUUCUCCGCAAGAUAUCGGUGUAGUGACACUUUAUCGAAGCCAGCUCGCACUUCUCAGACAAAAAUUGCGCCACCGUCUUCCGGACCUGGAGAUGCACACAGCUGAUCGGUUCCAAGGUCGUGAUAAAGAAAUAAUUAUUAUGAGCUGCGUCAGAAGCAACGCUGACAAUAACGUUGGUGACCUUUUGCGAGACUGGCACCGAGUUAAUGUUGCAUUUACUCGCGCUAGAACGAAGUUACUAAUUGUGGGUAGUAAGACUACGCUUUGUGAAGGAAGUGAGUUACUACGAAAAUUUGUUGAGCUUAUGGAUGGGCGGGGGUGGUGCUAUAAUUUACCACUGACGGCGGUAGAGAGCCAUAUUUUCGAAGAGCAAGCGUUCACGCAAGCCAGUCCACAAAAAUCGCGGAAGCUUUCGGUCAGUCCGAAGAAAUCCAGUCCCAUGAAAAAGGGGAUAGUGAAGCAGAGGCCUCGAACGGCGCUCAGCCCGGUAAAGAGCAGAGGAAAUAUAUUUGCCAGCCUUACCAGGAAACCAGAAAAGGUAGGAGGGAAAAUGGCACAUGCAGCUAGCAUGAUUGAAAAGAAACCUGUGAUGAGGGAUGUUUAUAAUGACAUGUUCGAUGAUGAAUCGGUAUUUUUUGGUUUAUGA